AAUAAAUUAAAAUUAAAUAAAAAAGCUUAAAAAAUAAAAAUAAAAAUAAAAAUAAAAACAAAAAAAAAGUAGCCGGAGAAAUACGAGUAGAACAAGAAGAACCACCUCACACGGUCACACCGCACACCCUCAAAACCUCCACACUUUCCUCUCUCUUCACUCCUCUCUUACUCCCCAAAACCCAACCUGUAAUUUGCUCAAUUGCACGACCUACUUCCAUUUUCUCUCUCCUCGGAUCUGCAAUUUCCCCAAUUUAAUCCUUACGUUUUCUGGGAAUUCCCUCUUCAUUCGAUCCCCAUUUUCUCUCUCCUCUUUGAUCCCAUCCAAACCUAGCAAUAAUACACCCCCAUUCAACCGCACGACCAGGCCGUGCGAAGAAGAAGACUAAGAGAGAGAAAGAGAACUGAAACCCAUUUUCGUUCUCUUUCUCUCUCUUCGUGGGUAUUCCUCCAUUUCUCCGGAAAUGCUCUUACCAUGAGCAAAAACGAAGAAGAGGAGGAGGAAGAAGAAGAAGAGAAAUUACCCAAAUUAGUUAAAGUAGAAGAAGAAGAAGAAGAAGAAGAAGAAAGGUUUUACGAAUCUCUUGAUCGGAUCCUAUCUUCUUCAAAUUCAUCUACAUCGAAUUCUGAGGAUGAUAACGACACCGUUUUGUCCCCUCGCCGACACCGUAGUAGUCAUCACCUUCAUCACCAUAGUUAUGGCGGCAAGAGUAGUAACUCUUCUGGGGUUCCGAAAUUCCCAAUGUCGGCGCAAAACUAUGAUGUUUGGGUUUCUUCUGAGUCGUUUUCUCUCUCCUCGCUUGAGCAGCGCCGUGAUCGGCUUCUUCGGGCGUUGGGAUUGUCGGCUGACCCGUCUUUGGCACGGCGUAACAACGCCACGGUCCGAUCUGCGUCGUUUGAUCAUCAUAUGAUUGGGUGCUCUGCUGACCAGCCUUUCAAAUCAGCUGAGGAUGAUGUCUCAUUGGCUAUAAACCGGUCGAAAUCGGAUCAGUGUAAUUCUGCUUCCUUUUCUUCUACUAGUAAUACUACUUGUUCUUCUUCUUCAAUUCUUUCAAUUCGUUCUGUUUCUGAUACUGUAUAUAGAAAUAGUAAAAGGGAUAAUAAUAUUAAGUUCAAUGUUGAUGUUGGUAACCAUAAUGAUAUUAAAAUUAAUAAUAUCUAUAAUGAAGGUAACUGUAAUGGAGUUGUUGAUAAUUUGGUGAGUAAUGGGUGUAUUGGGUCGGUUUCAGUGUCGGGUUUGGAUGGUUCUAAUAAGCUGCCGGUGUGGAGGAGUGGUAUCCGGCAACAAGGGAUCAGUGAGAUAGAGGUGGAGUGUGGUGAUGGGAAGGUUUGCAGAAGUGGGGUUGAGGAGAGUGAGAGAGAAAAGGUGUGUACAAUUAAGAAUCUUGAUAAUGGGGAGGAGUUUGUGGUGAAGGAGGUUAGGGAAGAUGGGAUGUGGAAUAAGCUUAAGGAGGUUGGGACUGGGAGGCAUUUGACUAUGGAGGAAUUCGAGAUGAGUGUCGGGCAUUCCCCCAUUGUUCAGGAGUUAAUGAGACGGCAAAAUGUGGAGGAUCAGCUUAACAAUAACAAGGAUUGUGGUGAGUCUAAUGGUAAUGGUGAUAAUGGAUCUAAGUCGAAGAAGAAGGUUAGCUGGUUUAGAAGUAUCAAGAAUGUGGCUAGUAGUGUUACAGGCUACAGGGAAAGACGUAGCAGCGAUGAGAGGGAUACCUCUUCGGAGAAAGGUGGGCGCAGGUCCAGCUCUGCUACUGAUGAUAGUCAGGAUACUUCAUUCCAUGGACCAGAGAGGGUUCGGGUUCGGCAGUAUGGGAAAUCGGUUAAGGACCUUACAGCAUUGUAUAAAAGCCAGGAAAUUCAGGCCCAUAAUGGGUCUAUCUGGACAAUAAAGUUUAGCUUAGAUGGGAGGUUCCUGGCAAGUGCUGGUGAGGAUUGCGUAAUACAUGUUUGGCAAGUGGUUGAAUCAGAGAGGAAGGGUGAACUUUUGAUGGAUAGACCCGAUGAUGCGAGUUUGAGUCUUCUUGUCUUGGCAAAUGGGUCACCUGAACCAAAUUUAAUUCCUCCGAGCUUGGAUAAUCCAUUGGAGAAAAAGAGGAGGGGUAGGCCAUCAAUCAGCCGAAAAUCUGUGAGCUUGGACCAUAUCAAGGUUCCAGAGACUGUUUUUGGGCUGUCAGAAAAACCAAUUUGUUCAUUUCAGGGACAUUCAGACGACGUGCUUGAUCUCUCCUGGUCCAAAUCUCAGCUUUUACUUUCAUCCUCAAUGGACAAGACAGUGCGUCUGUGGAACUUGUCCAGCAAGACUUGUUUGAAAAUAUUUUCCCACAGUGACUAUGUAACUUGCAUCCAGUUCAAUCCUGUUGAUGAUAGAUACUUCAUCAGUGGAUCCCUAGAUGCCAAAGUCCGCAUAUGGAGCAUUCCUGACCGUCAAGUUGUUGAUUGGAAUGAUCUGCAUGAGAUGGUUACUGCUGCCUGUUAUACUCCAGAUGGUCAGGGUGCAUUGGUUGGUUCAUAUAAGGGAAGCUGCCGCCUAUACAACACAUCUGAAAAUAAGCUGCAACAGAAGUGCCAAAUCAACCUACAAAAUAAAAAGAAAAAAUCCCACCUCAAAAAAAUAACUGGUUUCCAAUUUGCACCUGGGAGUUCUUCGGAAGUUUUGAUAACGUCUGCAGAUUCACGAAUUCGGGUUAUUGAUGGUUUGGAUCUGGCUCACAAAUUUAAAGGGUUUCGCAACACAAACAGUCAAAUCUCAGCCUCCCUCACUGCGAAUGGCAAGUAUGUGGUGUGUGCCAGUGAGGAUUCUCACGUGUAUGUGUGGAAACAUGAAGGUGAGUCCAGGCCUAGUCGGAGCAAAGGAGUGACAGUCACACGCUCUUAUGAGCAUUUCCACUGUCAAGAUGUAUCUGUGGCUAUCCCAUGGCCUGGUAUGGGUGAACCGUGGGGACCCCAAGAUCUAUGCUCUGAAGAGCAAAAUGGGAUCCGCCGUCAUUCGGAGGAGGUCUCAACAACCAACCACCCUCCGACACCAGUGGAGGAGUUUACCGGAAAUGAUAGCUCUCCUGCAUCAGGUUGCAGCAAUAGUCCUUUCCGUGGUACAAUUUCCAAUGCACCCAACAGCUAUUUCUUUGAUAGAAUUUCAUCGACGUGGCCAGAAGAGAAGCUUCUUCUAGCCACCAAGAACCGGAGUCCUCGUGUUAGUUUGGACUUCUCCAAUGGAGUGCUUCAAAACAGGGCUGCUUGGGGAUUGGUGAUUGUAACCGCUGGCCUCAAAGGGGAAAUUAGAACUUUUCUAAAUUAUGGAUUGCCAGUGCGGAUAUAGGUAUGAUUUUUGUUCGCCUUUGUUUCCAUAUCAUGUACAGGGAGAGAUUUGUAUUAUUUAUGAGUUUCAUUUGUUGCUUGCGACGUAUUCGAGCAUUGAGGAAGAAGUACAGAUUUAUUGGAGGAAUGGGAGAGAAAAAAGAGUUUUAUAAUUAAAAAAAAAAAAAAAAGAAAAAAGAGGAGGGUAAAAAGUUUUACACCCUGCAUUUAGAAAAAUGAUGGAUUAAAUGUAAUCCAAAAUUGUAGAGUUAUGCCACAAAGCUUAUUGAGUUUAAUGAAUUCUUUUCACAAAAUUCAUUCACAUUUGUUUUACACAGUAUUCAUGUGCACCAGUGUAGUAGUUUAUAUAAAAAUGUUAUUGUUAGGCCAAUGUCAGAUCUCAUUAUCAUGUGAAAUGACAUCCUGUAAUCAUCAUUAUCUGUGCAUUUUGUCAGUAAUCAUUUUUUUCUAGUUGGA